UGCACCAUGAGUGACGUUCUCUGCAAGAAGCGUGAUGGUUAUCUGGAAUGGCCGGAAUAUUUCAUGGCUGUGGCCUUCUUGUCGGCUCAAAGAAGCAAAGACCCCAAUUCGCAGGUGGGCGCCUGCAUCGUGAAUGCCGAGAACAAGAUUGUGGGUAUCGGGUACAAUGGCAUGCCCAACGGCUGCAGUGACGAUGCUCUGCCAUGGAGGAGAACAGCAGAGAGCAAGCUGGACACCAAGUAUCCCUAUGUAUGUCAUGCAGAGCUGAAUGCCAUCAUGAACAAGAACUCAGCCGAUGUCAAGGGUUGCUCCAUGUACGUGGCCUUGUUCCCGUGUAACGAGUGUGCAAAGCUCAUCAUCCAGGCAGGGAUAAAGGAGGUGAUUUUUAUGUCCGAUAAGUACCAUGACAGUGAGGAAACCAUAGCAGCAAGGCUCAUGUUUGACAUGGCGGGGGUGACCUUUAGGCAAUUCAUGCCCAGGUGCAGCAAGAUCGUCAUCGACUUCGAUUCCAUUAACAGCCAGAAGCUUCUGUGAGCCACAUCAUCUCUUUUCAGACUACACAGCAAGGCUGGUGGAGCCUCCUCCAGGAAGUCUUCACAAUCAAUCUUUUACCUCCUCUGAGUUGCCUUUGUCUCCUUGGAGCUGCU